AUGCCGGAGGUGAGGAAAACAACAACAGAAGUGCCCGAUAUCACACUUUUUCGGGGUUGGGCUGACUCCGGAAAUCACGUCUGGUCUCCGUUCGUGAUUAAGCUGGAGGCCCGACUUCGGUUCGCCGGAGUCAAGUAUACAACCGACUCUGGUUCUCCUCUGGCGGCCCCGAAAGGAAAGAUUCCCUACAUCGAGCUCCGGGGACAGGAUAUCUCGUCUUUUGUUGACUCCGGUGGCGAGAUCAAGAGUUCCGAAUGGGCCAUUCGCACUGGCGAUGACGGCUCGCACAUAGCGAGCCUGGGUGACUCUGCACUCAUCAUCAAGGCGCUUACGGCGCCAGGACUGCUCCCAGAUAUCAAUGAGAGGCUGUCACCUGAAACAAAGUGUCACGAUAUGGCGCUACGGGCGCUACUAGAAGACAAGCUCUAUUUCUACCAUGUCCGUUUUUGCUCCUCUCUGCAGUUCCCUCCCCACUGUGCCUCCCUGACAAGAGAACGCUGGGUUGACAACUACUACACAAUGCGUGACCACGCCCUUUGGAGCAUCCCUUAUCCCAUCCGUGUUGUGGUGGGCAUUCUAGCCUAUAGAAAGCACACUGCCAUGCUUCACGGGCAAGGGACCGGUCGUUUCAAUGGUCAAGAGGUGAAGCGGUUCAAAACUGAGAUCUGGCAGACCAUAGACGGCCUCCUUCGGGCCUCGAAAAGCGCCGUCAAGGACAAUGGCGAGCCUUUCUGGGCGCUUGGGGGAGAUGGCCCGACGGAGGCGGAUGCAACUCUGUUUGGAUUCGUGGUUUCGGUGUUGAUUUGCACUGCCGGGCCGGAGUCGCGAGAGAUAAUUCGAGCUUUCCCCACUGUCACCGAGUACGCACAGCGAAUACACGACAAGUACUUCCCCGACUACCACAAAUGGGAAGAGCCCCGUACCUAG